CUGUGGAUGGCUGUGGAUGCAGGGGAGGGAGCUGUGGCUAUUUAAAGAGGGUCGUCCAGUCACGGAGAAAUAACACGGGGUCCACGGCGUUGACUAACCGCCUCUAAAUGGUCUUCAUCCCGCAGCGUGUGUCCGUCUGCGGCCGCUUUGUGUUUAUCAGUCUGCUGUGACAACCAUCCGUCGACCAGAACCAAACCAGACCAGACCCAGGCCGGUCUACCACCUCUUCCCACCUCCUUUAUUUAUUUAUUUAUUUUUUAAUUUUAUUCCUCGGAUAUUUUACUACUAAUAAUAAUAAAAAAUUAAAAACAAUGGGCAAAGAUUACUAUAAAACGCUUGGCAUCUCUAAAGGAGCCACGGACGAGGACAUAAAGAAAGCUUACAGAAAACAAGCGCUGAAAUGGCAUCCGGACAAAAACAAGUCUGCAGCCGCCGAGGAGAAAUUUAAGGAAAUUGCCGAAGCAUAUGAAGUCCUCAGUGAUCCGAAGAAGAGGGAAAUUUAUGAUCAGUACGGAGAAGAAGGUCUUAAGGGAGGAAGUGGGCCCACUGGAGACGGACAGGGCACCACCUUCACCUACACCUUCCACGGGGACCCCCACGCCACCUUCGCCACGUUCUUCGGGGGCUCCAACCCCUUCGAGAUGUUCUUCGGGCGCAAGGCGAACGGACGGGACGACGAGGACAUGGAGGUGGACGGGAACGACCCCUUCGGCUCCUUCACCAACUUCAACCUGAACGGCUUCCCCAGGGACGGCCACAUCGGGGGCCCCGGGGGGCCGCAGCGCCGGAAGCAGGACCCGGCGAUCAUCCACGAACUGAGGGUCUCCCUGGAGGAGGUCUUCCAUGGCUGCACCAAGAGGAUGAAAAUCUCCCGCAAAAGGCUAAACCCGGACGGCAGGACCAUGCGCGCCGAGGACAAGAUCCUCACCAUCGAGAUCAAGCGCGGCUGGAAGGAGGGAACCAAGAUCACUUUCCCGCGAGAGGGGGACGAGUCACCCAGCACCAUUCCUGCUGACAUUGUUUUCGUCAUCAAGGACAAGCCACACCCUCACUUUAGACGGGAAGGCUCCAACAUUGUGUAUCCUGUUCGGGUGAGCUUACGACAGUCGCUGUGCGGAUGCUCCGUUACCGUGUCGACGAUAGACGGGAAGACGUGCAACAUGAAGAUCACGGACGUCAUCAAGCCCGGCAUGAGAAAGACUGUCGCCGGGCAGGGCCUCCCCUUCCCCAAAAACCCCGAGCAGAGAGGAGACCUGGUGGUGGAGUUCGACGUGAACUUUCCCGACACGUUGCCAGGCAACGCCAAGGACGUCCUGAAACGGCACUUACCUACUUAGGACCAAACACACAAAACACACGAGGACAGCUCUGACAGCUCACAGAUGGAUCCCCCCCCCCCUCCCCCCUGCAACCAACGAAUGUGCAAUUUCUAUUUUUGAGCUCUCCAGUGCUAUUUCUCUUCGUUUUUUUUUUCUUUUUUUAAAUGCCGUGCAUGCUGCCAAGGCGACACAAGUGCAAGACUCUGUGGAUUGCUGAUAUCUGAAAGUACACAUUUCAUGUUAUCUUUGUUUGUUGGAAAUAUUUGGCUGUGAAUGAGUCUAGAGUUGCCAAAAAAAAAAAAGAAAAUGAAAAGAAUCCCACAGAUCUUCAGACUUCAUUACAAACUCUUUAUAUCGUCACCAAUAGACACAAGAUUUCUGAGCUGGACUUUGUGGCCGAGAGCAAAGAGAGUGUGUGUGAAUGAGCCGGCGUAAACGUGUGUAGAGAUUUUAACCUGUGAAGAUACUGAACUUGAAUUUUAAAAAAUAAAUAUUUCCACAUGAACUGAUCGUGAGCUCUUUCAGUCACGGGAGCAGAUGAUAAACACGUGUUUUUUUUUUGUUGUUUGUUUUUUAAAUGCUUAUAGAGUCGUUCAUAGAGUCCAGGGGGAGCUAUGAACUUUAAAUGAACCUCUAUUUUGAUAGUCAGAUGUGAAUAUUUUGCUGUUGUAAAACUGAAACGGUUAAAUUCCUGAUGUGCAAAGAGCCAAAUUAAAAAUAUGUUGACUCAG